ACAACCCCAAAAAACCAUGUACAUGUGAAGCAAAACGAACAUGUUAGCGUUAAGGAAAAGAUUAAUGAAAACAAGCAAGAAGAUGCGAGGGAGUGAAAACCCAGUUGCACAACCUUCUAUGGUUGCCAAUGAAGGCGUUUUUUGAUUACUUUCUUCCUCCCAUUCAUCAAAUUCCUAUAUAUAUUUCUUUCAUUUUCUUUGAUUGUUCCACUGUCACCCAACCAACUUCUUUCCUUUUAUUGCCCGAAAUCUCUGCUAUCCGUUUUUCAUUUUCCGUUACCAAUGGCAGAUCUCAAGUUCUCUUUCGCUGAAAGUUUUAUUUGCAGUGCUUUUGCUGCUUGUUUUGCUGAGUUCUGUACCAUCCCUUUGGACACUGCCAAAGUCAGGCUCCAGCUCCAAACGAAAGCAGUUGGUGAUGAAGUUAAUUUACCUAAAUAUAGGGGCUUGUUGGGUACUAUUGCUAAGGAAGAAGGUUUAUUAGCACUUUGGAAAGGAAUAAUUGCUGGAUUACAUCGCCAAUGCAUAUAUGGAGGUUUAAGGAUUGGGUUAUAUGAACCUGUCAAAACACUUUUAGUUGGCAGUGAUUACGUUGGAGAUAUUCCUUUGUACCAAAAAAUUCUAGCAGCUUUAUUGACCGGUGCUCUAGCUAUUGCAGUUGCUAAUCCAACUGAUCUUGUCAAAGUUUGGCUACAAGCUGAAGGAAAAUUUCCAGUUGGGGUUGCUAGGCGUUAUUAUGGAACAUUGGAUGCUUACUACACCAUAGAAGGACUUGGGGCACCGUGGACUGGGCUUGGACCUAACAUUGCAGGAAAUGCCAUUUUAAAUGCUGCUGAACUAGCCAAUUAUGAUCAAGUGAAACAGACAAUUUUGAAAAUUCCAGGAUUCUCAGACAAUGUUCUAACUCAUCUUCUAGUGGGUCUUGGUGCAGGGUUCUUUGCAGUCUGUAUUGGUUCUCCCAUUGAUGUGGUAAAAUCUAGAAUGAUGGGAGACUCUGGCUACAAAAACACUCUUGAUUGUUUUGUUAAGACUUUGAAGAAUGAGGGAUUCUUUGCCUUCUAUAAGGGGUUUCUUCCAAAUUUCAGUCGCCUGGGAUCUUGGAAUGUGGUUAUGUUUUUGACUCUUGAGCAAGCCAAGAAAGUUUUCCGGGGAGAAUUAUAUUAUGAUUGAUUUAGAUUGCAGCCAGGAAUACAAGGCUUUUGCUUGUUGUCCCUUCGAUUCUUGAACAAAUAUUUUUGAACAAAGAGUAAGGUAGGCAUUUUUUAUAACUCUUCAUUUGUCUUACAUAAAAUAGUGUCAUUUAACCAUUAGCAAACGUUUAAGUUACUAAUUAGAUAUCUUUUAGAAAGAAUUAUUACCGUACACUUCUGUGGGAGUACAAGCUGUCUGUUUGUCUCCUCCCAACUAAACUGAAAUUGGAAAAUAUUUGCCACGUUGUAUUUGGAACCAUGUAAUACCUACAUUUGUGGGACAUUCAACACAUAUUGCUUAUUCUUGAACUAAACAUGAGAAAUUUAAGUUGCAUGUACUGAUGUGCCCUGCAUUGCCCUGUUUGUUAGUGCAGGGAAACUUGGUUGAAGGUGGAAACAAUACUGUGCUCUUGUUCAAUCAUUAUGCCUCCCUUUGGCUUGUAUCUUAUUGUAUUCUUCCUUUGAGUCUUUGACCUUGUCCCUUCCUUAUCGGGGUAACAACUAAUAACUGUAGGCUGAGAAUUGGCUUUUAGUGUCAACCAUUGUAUAAAGUAUUUACCAUGUAAAUGUUAUAGUUUGGUAAGUACUCAGCCAGAUGUUAUACAACGUAUAAUCUUCUUACCUUCGCUUCUAGUUCCAAGUAUACCUGAGCAGGCACAUUCUUUGUUGAAUAACAAAUGAUUGAAUGGCCUUUUAGCCUGUCAUUCUGUUCCUCCAAACUUUAAUAAUAGUUUCUGGAAAGUCGAAACUUAAACCGAGGUGAUUGAAAGUUUAAUCUCAUCAUAAUUUUGC